CAGCAAAUCAUCAUAUUAGAAAAAAACAUGUGACACUGAAGACUCUUUGCUGGAUGGAUUUUCAUCUUUUCUUACUCCUGCAACUUCAAUAUCAGCGGAAAUACACUUUUCUAUCACUCACACAACUUUAGAUUACAUACACUGCAUACUUUUUCUUGCUAAUUUGUUCUUCUAGUUUCAUCUUGAAUGACUUUCAAAUGUACAAGAUUGACAUCUCUCUUCUUCUGGAGCAUGCUGCAUGCUCCUUUCCAGCUUCUGUAGUAAUCAGCAAUGUGACGACAGGAAGCCGUACAAUUCUGCAUAUGAACAGUUUCAUCGUGGGGGAUUUUGCACGGCGUGGGGUGGACAUAUCUGGUGUGGCUUGGCAGCAGUGGGGUGAGACCCCGUGUGCCUGUUGUGUGGUGUGUCCCACCAAUGGCUCUCGCACUGUCGUGCUCUCGGACACAAACUUGCCAGAUGUUUCUGUAGAAGAUUUUUCAAAGGUGGACCUGAGCCAGUACAAGUGGAUCCACUGGGAGGGCCGUAAUGCUGACGAACAAGUGAAGAUGAUUGAGAGGGCGAGAGAGUAUAACAGCAAACGGGAAGAGAAGAACAGAAUCACCAUCUCUGUGGAAAUCGAGAAAACCAGGGAACCCCUCUACCAGCUUUUUCCUCUUGGUGAUUUGGUCUUUGUUAGUAAGGAUGUGGCCCAGCACUUUGGGUUUACCUCAGCUGCUGCUGCAUUGAAGGGCUUCUAUGGUCAUCUGAGAAAAGGGUGAGUCAGUGGUUUAAAAUGACCGCUAGAUGUCAUUGGUGUUGCAAAAACU